GCCGUCGAUUUUGUAUACGAAUAUUUUGUGCCAAAUGACGCGCGAUUUGUUGACGUAAUAUGUUCGAAGCAAGAAAUGGUAGUUUUUGGUGGCACAACGCGCUUUAUUCUCUAAUAAGUGCAUUUUACAAACACUUGUAUGACAGUUUGCCACAAUUUUAGUUCCUAAGACGAGAAGACGAGCAGAACGCAAGAAGGAUACCUUGCAUGCGGACUUCACCAUUCACAAGCGGGAAGCUUGUAAUUAGGAAGUAUUAAAAGAAUGGCGUUAUAGGAAGAACGAUGUAAGAGCCUCGAGGACUAAUAAACGGCGUGCUUUAUGCGAGAUGACCGGUUGUUGUGCAUGGCGUUACGUCUACGCUGUUGUCCUGGUCCAAGCCACUGCCUUUAAUAUGAUUUUACCAAGCGUCUGCCCUCCAGAGUGCAUCUGCCUCUCGCAAACACAGGUGUUAUGCAACUCCGGAGGAUUGACCGAGAUACCAGUUAAGCUACUGCCACCAACUGUGGAGCAUCUAUCUUUAACGAGGAACAACUUUCCCACCAUUCGAAGUGACGCCUUCGCGGGACUUCGAGCCUUGAAAAAGCUCUCCCUAGACGGAAACAACAUAUCAAUCAUCAAGCCUUUCGCGUUUCGUGGCUUACCGCGAUUAAAGGAGCUUUCAAUCCAGCAAACUCCGCUGACGACCGUAGCACAGUUCGCGUUCGCCGGAUUACAAAACAUCACCUCCAUCCUUUUAAGUCACAACAAAAUAAAAAAAGUCGAGGGAUACGCCUUUGCGGGUACGUCGAAUUUGAAGCAUCUAAUUUUGAGCAGUAAUCCGAUAAUUAAAAUAGAGAGUAAUGCCUUUAGCGGAUUAACGAACGUAGAACGUUUAGCUUUGCCGUCCGGAAUACGUACAAUUGAAGUCGACGCGUUUAAUGGACUAGAACAAGUUGGCGUAUUAAAGCUGGCAUUCAUGGAUUUGCCUUCGUUAAAAUUUGGUACGUUUAGAGGGUUAACAAUCGUAGGGGUUAUGUCUAUUCAAGAAUCCGACUUGGGAAUUAUCAGAGAAGGGGCGUUUGAGGGAUUGUCGUAUAUAGGAAGCUUAAACUUCCUCAAUAACAAGAUUGACGGCAUUCGAGAGUUACACAUAACUCCCGAGCAUCACAUUCGAUCGAUUAAAUUCCAAGGGAAUCACGUGCUCGAUAUUCCUAAAGCGGACAGCGUUUCUUUCGCAGUUGAUGUGCUUACGGUGAUAUCGAAUCAUUUCCCGUGUGACUGCCAUAUACAUACUCUCAUCGAGGGACCACUAGCCAAUGGUAGCGUCGAACAGUUUAUAUCAAAAAAUUACUGCAUUUCCCCGCUGGAAGUGAACGGAAAAGCGAUGAGCAACCUCGACCUCGAUGCGAUUGGAAAGUGCGAAGAACAGGUUACUCGAGGGAAUUUAGAAGCUGCAAAAGACUCAACUUCAAUUAAUAAAAGUGUUCGAGUGACAGUUUUAUUUACUUUCGUCGUAUUCGUUUAUUUUUCUAGGUGAAAUCGAUCUCUUCUCUCUAACAAAAUGUGUUCAUUAUACGAGUGUUGUGUACGAGUGCUGCGCGCUGUCCAAUAUAAAUGACUAAUUCGAAAUGCAACGACUAACCAUCAUUCACGUGCUUCCCACUGUGUAUCACGACGAUACCAAUCCAUAAGGGCCCUCGAUGUUUUUGGCGUGUGUAUUUUCUCGAUGGAAGUGUUUCCGUUUCCAAUUCCAUUGUCAUUUUGUUUACCUCCCCUUGUUAAUUUGUUAUAGA